AUGGAUUUCAACAUUUUGAAUAGACUUAAUUGUAAAGAACUAGUUCAAAAUAUUAGAGAAUCAACCAUAAAACUUGUUAAUGCUGAAUCCCUAGUCAGUCCAUUGAUGUUCGUUGACGUAACAGCCUAUAAAUAUGAUGGUAUUUCUGGUAGACAGGAUGAGAAAGUAUUUGUUGAGGUUCAGUUUAAUAACCUUAAACUGGAGAAAAAUUUUUCUACCACAUUUUGUGGUCGUUACGGUUAUGAAAACCUUGUCAACCUGCAAUACGAGAAUCUCAAUGAAACAAAUAGCGAUGGGACAAAACCUUUCAAUUCUGAUUUGUGGUUAUUUGAUUGUUUGAUAAAAUUUGUGGGAAGUUCAAUCAAAUGCUCCUGUAACCAAACAGGCUUUGUUGGAGUUUUUCUGAUUAAAAAUAACUUCCCUUACAUAGAAGAAAUGAACUUAGCAGGAAUGUUGCUGAGAGCAGUCUCCAUAGUUGCCCUCGUGUUAACCAUCUUGUCAUAUGCUUUAUUUAAGUGA